GCAGGCUCCUCCCCUUCAGUCUUGCACAGGUGUACUGGCUCCUUCUCUUCAGUCUUGCACAGGUGUGCUGGCUCCUCCCCUUCAGUCUUGCACAGGUGUCCCAGCUCCUCCCCUUUAGUCUUCCACAGGUGUACCGGCUCCUCCCCUUCAGUCUUGCACAGGUGUAACAGUUCCUUCCCUUCAGUCUUGCACAGGUGUACCCGCUCCUCCCCUUCAGUCUUGCACAGGUGUACCCGCUCCUCCCCUUCAGUCUUGCACAGGUGUACCUGCUCCUCCCCUUCAGUCUUGCACAGGUGUACCGGCUCCUCCCCUUCAGUCUUGCACAGGUGUACCAACUCCUCCCCUUCAGUCUUGCACAGGUGUACCGGCUCCUCCCCUUCAGUC